AUGGCAACACAUUUAAUAGUAGAAUUAAUUUCAGAUCCAAUCAAUACAGUUAAUAAUUUUAAAUGGGAGAAUGAUGUGACGCCAUUCUCUACAGUUUGGGCACCAUUGUUUGCGUCGAUUGCUUACUUGGUGGUCAUAUUUGGAUUACAGGAAUUCAUGAAAAAUAGAAAGGAGAUAAAGUUGCAUGGUAUUUGCGUGGUACACAACCUUUUCCUCAGCGGCUUGUCAUUGGUCAUGUUGCUCGGGAUGAUGAUACCGCUCUUGACCAACGAGGCUACACAGGGUUUGGAACACUUGGUCUGCAAACCAACGACAGCUGGUAGAACCGAAUUUUGGUACUAUAUAUUCUAUCUCUCCAAGGUAUACGAAUUCCUUGACACUGUCUUCCUCGUCCUAAGAAAGAAGAAACUUAUCUUUUUACAUGUCUAUCAUCACUUUAUCACUUAUUGGUUGUGUUGGGCCAACCUUCGCGAAAACACUUCAGUCCAAUGGGCAGACAUUUCCAUCAAUUGUUUCGUUCAUAUCGUAAUGUACUAUUAUUACUAUAAAACUGAAAUGGGUCAAUCUCCAUGGUGGAAGAAAUAUAUUACACGUAUUCAAAUUGUACAAUUUGUAUAUGAUUUAACAUUCCAUUCUUUGUGGAGAUAUUAUCAUGCCCAAUCCAAUGGUGGAUGUAAUGGGUCGUUGAGAGGUACUGCCUUUUCCGACUUUGUCAUCCUUAGUUUCCUCGGUCUCUUUUUACAAUUCUACUUUAAGAGUUAUAGUGCCAAGAAGGAUAAAACUACAAAUAACAUUAAAAAAGAUUAA